AUGGAAGCAGGAAACCACACAGGAGUAUCAGAAUUCCUCCUCCUGGGUCUCUCAGAGGAUCCUGCACUGCAGCCCCUGCUCUUUGGAGUGUUGUUGUCCAUUUACAUGGUCGCCGUGCUUGGGAACUUGCUCAUUAUCCUGGCUGUUGGCUCUGACUCCCACCUCCAUACCCCCAUGUACUUCUUCCUCUCUAACCUGUCCGUUGUUGACAUCUGUUUUACCUCCACCACUGUCCCGAAGAUGCUGGUGAACAUGCAGGCAGAGAGCAAAGACAUCUCCUACACAGGAUGCUUAACUCAGGUGUAUUUCUUUUUGAUUUUUGCUUUACUGGAUGAUUUCCUCCUGACUGUGAUGGCCUAUGACCGGUUUGUGGCCAUCUGCCACCCCCUGCACUACAUGGUCAUCAUGAACCCACGCCUCUGUAGCCUCCUGGUUCUGAUGUGCUGGUUCAUCAGUUUCUGGGUCUCUCUGCUUCAUAUUCUACUAUUGAGGCAGCUGACCUUCUGCAUAGGCACUGAAAUUCCACAUUUCUUCUGUGAACUGGCUCAGGUUCUCAAGGUGGCCUGCUCUGACACCCUCAUCAAUAACAUUGUCUUGUCUGUAGCAACUGCCCUGCUGGGUGUGUUUCCUCUUGUUGGAAUCCUCUUCUCUUACUCUCAAAUUGUCUUCUCUCUACUGAGGAUGUCUUCUUCAGGAGGAAAAUGUAAAGCAUUUUCCGCCUGUGGCUCUCACCUCUCUGCGGUCUCCUUGUUCUAUGGGACAAGCCUGGGGGUCUACUUCAGUUCUUCUGUGACCCAUUCUUCCCAGAGAAGCUUGAUCACCUCAGUGAUGUACACCGUGGUCACCCCCAUGCUGAACCCCUUCAUCUACAGCCUGAGGAACAAGGAUGUGAAGGGGGCCCUGGGAAGGCUCCUUAGCCAAGCAGCCCCUUGUCUGUGA